CGGCGGCCCUGCUGCGCGGUGGUUGCCGGGUGCCGCACGCCUUCCCUUUCCUCGCCUCUGCCUUUUACCCCCGCUCCCAUCCCCGCCCCCACGGCCGCUCCGCUCCCUGGCGUGACUCGGCAUUGAGAGCCCCGGGAGAAGACUCCGCGGUCGCUACCUCCUCUGCCCAGGCCUCGGCCUUCCUGAGCCUCCCUCCUUCCUCUCCCGGGUCUUCUUCAGUUUUGAAGCCGGUGGCUUCGCUGCGGCCCUGCCAGACUUCUGAGAAUGGUGGGUGUGAAGCCGGUUGGGAGUGACCCGGAUUUCCAGCCGGAGCUGAGCGGCGCGGGCUCCAGACUCGCUGUGGUCAAGUUCACCAUGCGAGGGUGUGGACCGUGUUUAAGGAUUGCCCCAGCAUUCAGUUCUAUGAGUAAUAAGUAUCCACAAGCAGUAUUCUUGGAAGUAGAUGUACAUCAGUGUCAGGGGACACGGCUGCCACAACAUAUGAUCAGCACACCUACAUUUAUUUUUUCGAAACAAGUGAGAAUUGAUCAAUAUCAAGGAGCAGACGCUGUGGGACUAGAGGAAAAGAUCAAGCAGCACUUGGAAAACGACCCUGGAGCAACCGAGGACACAGAUAUUCCAAAAGGCUAUAUGGAUUUAAUGCCUUUUAUUAACAAAGCUGGCUGUGAAUGUCUUAAUGAAAGUGAUGAGCAUGGAUUUGACAACUGUUUACGAAAAGACAUGACCUUCUUGGAAUCUGAUUGUGAUGAACAGCUACUUAUUACCGUGGCAUUCAAUCAGCCUGUCAAGCUUUAUUCAAUGAAAUUUCAAGGGCCGGAUAAUGGUCAGGGUCCUAAGUAUGUAAAAAUUUUUAUCAAUCUACCCCGGUCUAUGGAUUUUGAAGAGGCAGAAAGAAGUGAGCCAACUCAAGCUCUGGAACUAACAGAGGAUGAUAUUAAAGAAGAUGGUAUUGUCCCACUUCGUUAUGUAAAGUUUCAGAAUGUUAACAGUGUAACUAUAUUUGUUCAGUCCAAUCAGGGUGAAGAAGAAACAACAAGAAUUUCAUAUUUUACUUUUAUUGGGACUCCAGUCCAGGCAACAAAUAUGAAUGACUUCAAACGAGUAGUUGGCAAAAAAGGAGAAAGCCACUAAGGUACAAAAGACACUGGAAGACCAUAUUGCAGUCAGAUCUACAGCUCCUGGAUAAUUGCUUGAUUCUCACCAGAGACUUUCAAUAUUUCGUUCAUUGCCAUUACCAAUAAAUCAUUGCUUUUGUUCAGAUGGUAUCACUAGUGUUUCUCUUGUAAUCUUAAUACAUGCAAUUGUAAAUAAAAGUAACUACUUUUGCCAAGCUUAAUUUUUGUUGUUCUAAAUAAGUAUUUUCCCUUUCCAUUUAUUUGAAAAUUGGCCAUCUUCUGAUUUUAGCAGAGACAUAAGUGUCUGGUAGCAUACUGAUCAAAAGACAGUUUCUCUCUUUAGAGGAGCAGAACUGUUUUAGGGAAUUAAGGAGUGUAUGUGCGCUCAUGUGCACACACACAGGAAAUGAUUUUGAUAAGUGGACUUGGAAUGGCUAACCAUGUUCCAAUGAGUAACUAACUCAUAUGUUUGUUAAACAGCAUUUGGGUAUCUGGGCUAUAGAAAUUACUCAAAUUAUAAACUAUCAGAAUUAAAUAAGUUUAAUGAGAUUUAACUGUUCUCACCUAAAACUAUUAGUUAAUGGGACCACAGAUUUUAAACCCUAUUGGAUAAACUUUUAAAAUUUGAGUUAUUUUCUUUACUAGUAGAGGUAUGUUGAAAUCUGACAGUAGGGAAAAAUAUAGUACUAUGAAUUCAUGAAGCAACAGGAAUUGAUCUCUUUUAAUCAAGCGUUUAAUAUUUUAACUACCAAAAGAUACAGUGUAAAUAUACAGAGAGCAUGUUAAGGUUGAAAAUGAAUUAGCCACAUAUAUAUGUUUAAAAGGUCUUUCACAAAAGGCUGGCAAGACAAAGCAUCUGUUCCUUAUUUUUUAAAUCUUAAACUGUAAUCUAGAAAAUAUUAAUAAAUUUAAUUUUUUAAUUUUUCUAUUUUUAAAAUUAAAUUUUUAAAUUUCUCAGUAUUUUAAAAAUUCAGUGUUUAAAAAGAGUACAUAAGACUUAAAAUUUUGAUUCAGUUGAUAAUAAAUUUGAGGACCUAUUUGUCUAGGACUUGGUCAAGAUACUGAUUUGCCUUUGAGUCACCAGUGUAUUUAUCCAUGUGUCUGAAAAAAAUUAUGCACAAGUUUUUGUGGUAAAAUAGUCACUUUCUGAAACCCCAAUGUCAUUAAAUAAUGUUUCGUUUCUUUGUAUGGAAGCACAUUAACUGGUCUGUGGUGAUGUCUGUUUCACGGUUAUGUUGCCUUGGGUCAAGGGGAAGCAGAAGGGCAAGAAAUAAAAUAAAAGUUUAUAACACUUCUUAAUAUAGACCAUCUCAGAUUGAUCACGUCUGAAAUUGAGUAAGAUUAAUAUCAAAAGUUUUGUUUUACACUUUUGUACACUUAACAACCUUUUUGGGUAAUUGUUCAAGGCCUCAUCUUAAGUAUUGGUGACCUCAUCCUAUUUAUACUUGACAAUUUGAAAACCCAGUGAAAAUAACUUCAUAUCUGUAAAGGACUGGGCAUCAGAUUUAUAUUGUUUAUGUGACUUUCUAUAACUUGCUUGCAAUAUACAAACAUUUCAUAAUUAUUCAAAUUGUAAGUAGUGAGAAAUGAAUGUUUAUAGGUAACUGUAACAUGUUUCACUAUGGGAAGUUUUACAAAUAAACAUGCAUAGUUAACAUUAUUUAAGUUACCAAGCUGAAAUGCUGAUGUUUUCUCCUAAAACUGUGUGUGUGUGUACACACACACACACAUAUAUACAUAUUUAUAUGUAACACUGAAUUUUCCAGAUGAAUAGGAAGAGCAUUUAUUGUAUUGUAAUUGUAGCCAUCCAUUACAUAGUAUUUUCUAGAAAGCAGAUAUUAGGUUUAUUGUCUGUUUUGUCAGACAUAGCAAAAACCAGAACAAAACCACAAAUACCCCACAAAACUUUUCUCUUGAUUUGACUUAUAUUUUACAUCAGGAUGCAUUAUCUGGUGUGAAACAAUAAUGAAAUAGCCUAUCUAUAAUAGAAACAAAAAUAUUUCAGUACAGAGUCUUUGUCAGCAUAAGGCUGAGGGCAAAGAGUAGCACGCAGGCUACCAUACUCUUAUGCCCACGGAAGACAUUUACGCUCCAUUUUGGUCAGGUUAUCCCCCAAUCUCGUUUUGUUGUAGGUAGCUACUUAAUCUGCUGGAGUUGACAGACGUGUGAGUUGAAACCUGUCUGCUGUCUUUGUCUCAAGGCCUGAGGAUGUAUACUACAUUUCUUGCAGCAUUUACAGGUGUGCUGUUACUGUACAUUUGGGCUCAGUAUUUUAUUUAUAGCUGCCAUCAAUACACUUGACAUGGCGAGGGUGCUUUUUAACCUAAAACAGUUCAAAUCUUCCUAUCUUCCUCUUAAUGUCUAAGAUAAAUCUUUAAUUCUGUAAUGAGAAGGAAGCAUUGGAGUUAAGUAGAUUAGUAAACUUACACUCUCUCCUUUGUGAGUUUUAAAGAAUGAAAGAAAUUUAGGGGUUACCCAUAUUGCUUGUAUUAAUAUUUAUAUAGUUUGGUAGAUUAUGUUUUGUGUAGGUGUAUAUCUCUUCUGAAAUUGGUCAUUUCUAACCUUAGAUCCUUUUUUUUUUUUGGAAAAGUAAUUUAGAAUAAGAAAUCUAUUCCCUGAACACUAAAGGAGAACUUUGAGGAAUAUCGUGUUCACUUAGCUUUAACAUCUCAUUGGUUAGAGGUGAUAUUCUGUAUUUUAGAAAGAUUGCCAAACACAUUGUUUUGUAAUAUACAUGUAGCAUGUUUGUUAAGUAAGUGAUUUUAAAAUAUUGAAUAUUUUAUUUCUCAAGCCUAUUGCCUAAGGCAGAAUAUUGAUGUCAUUUUAAGCAUAUUUUCACAUCAAGUUUUAUUUUUAUUUUUAGAUUUUUUCUUUUAUUUUUAAAAUUUUAUUUUUUUAAUUUUGAUUGGAGUAUAGUUGAUUUACAAUGUUAUGUUUUAGGUGGCCAACAAAGUGAAUCAGUUACACAUAUACAUAUAUACACUCUUUGAGAUUCAUUUCACAUAUAGGCCAUUACAGAGUAUUGAGUUCCCUGUGCUAUACAGUGGAUGCCUAUUAUCUAUUUUAUCUAUAGUAGUGUGUAUAUGUCAAUCCCAGUCUCCCAGUUUAUCCCUCCCCCCCUUACCCCCGGUAACCAUAAGUUUGUUUUCUAUAUUGUUUUAUUUUUAUAUUAAUACUUUUUUUUUUAAUAUGUCCUACCUCUAUAAGAUUAAGUGGGCAGAGUGGAGAUUUUACAGGCAAAUAAAAUUACUUUUCAACUCUGUGGUCCAUGCAAAAUUAUUAAUUGGAGAAUGUAGCACUAAACUAGGCCCAUAAGGUAACUUUAGAAUUUAUAUAUUCUACUAAAAUUGUACACAUCUUAGAAUAAUAUUAAGAUCUUGCUAUGUAACCCUAAAUCUGCUCGGGUAUUUCUCCUUCCUCUGUAUACUUGCUAUGCUUCUCCAUGGGAAGAGGAAGUUUACUUAGGAAUCCUGGUAAGUUGAACAGGCCAGAAUUAGUUGUGAAACAUGAUUUAUUGUUUUAUACUCGGACAUACAUUUAAGAUAUUGACACAUGCUACUCAGGAGCAGCAUCUUUGAAGUUUGUAUCUCUGCUUCUACUUCUAAGCUGUGUCAUGUCAAGCGAGCAACAUCCUUAGGAGCUUGAGUUUCCUCGAGUUAAAAAUAGGAACAUUACCUCUUAGGCUUCUUGUGAAGAUGAAAUGGAUAAAGAUCAAGGAUACUUUGGAUCAAGGAUAAAGAGUUGUCUUCUGUGCCCUGCUCCCCCAUCAAGGAUUUGGAUCAAGGAUAAAGAGUUGUCUUUGGAUCAAGGAUAAAGAGUUGUCUUCUGUGCCCUGCUCCCCCAUCUCGCUGCCACAGCUUUGGGGCAUCAUUUUUUGCUAAGUGUAGUGCAGUAGCCUCCUGGUUGUCUCCUAGCCUCUGACCUGGCCUCUGUAAUGUGUCCUCCACAUGGCUGCUAGUUUGCCUUUUGAGGUCUUCCUGUGAGCCCUCCCUCUCCAUCCUUCUCUAUCCCCCAAACCCCACUCAUUUCCCCUUGUGUGGUGCACCUUACUAGCAGUUACCAGAAUGUACUCUGAUAUCUAAUGCCUUCCUCUGACCUAACUUGUCCACCAGACAAAUUCCUACUUAUCUACAAGGCUCAGUACAAGAAAAACUGAUAGAAGUAACACAUAGUGAUUGUGUAAGCCUCCUCUGCUGCCGCAGCACCCUGGCACCCUGGUACAUAGCAGACUGCAUUGUAAUUAUUUGUAGUCUUAUUUAUAGGCUUAUCAGCAGUAAUGCCAGGACUUGUCCCUAGUACCAAACCAAAGUUACUUUGGUCUCUGUCACCAGUAAAGUAUUGAACCAAUUCUCAGGUUCCAAGAGGGGAUGCUGGAGGUAAAUCUGAGAGGUUGUAGGAAUCUGCAGUUUAGCAAGGUAAGGAAGAGAGCUCAGCAGAGUAAAGGAAGAGCGCAUGCUGUGUACAUAAGAAGGCUGAGAAACAAGAUUUCUGAGGUGAGGGAGGAGAUGAAGCUGGAAGAGCAAGUAGAAACCAUGGCAUGAAGCUCUUCUUGUGAAAGAGAUCAGGCUAUCCUUAGUUUAUGGGAAGAGAAGGAAGCAGAGAGGAGUCCACAAUGAUGCAAAAGUGUUUCACUUUUAUAUGUAGAAAUGUUGGUUCUUAGGAAAAGCAGCAAGUUGGGAGGGGAAGAUGAAUAUAGUUUUGGAUACAACAUUGCCUUGAGCAAUGUAUCAUGAUUUUUUUGGCUUUAAGGUGGAGUUGUCUAUUAGGUACACAGGCAGGAAUGUGGUUUUAGAUCUUAGGGCCAGAAUUAGGGAACCAGGAGUCAUUUAGGUCAUGAAAGUUGAAAUAGGUGUAUGAAUGGGAGCAUCUAGAGAGAAUACAAAGGGGGAGAAGGAAACUAAGGAGCAAAUACUAGGGAAUACUAAAAAAUAUAUAGAAUUAGCUAAAGAGGAGCCUGAGAGCAGACUUAAGUAGGAAGGAAAAACAGGAGUUAGUAAAGUGGUGCUAAACAAAUUCAAGAGGGAGUAGACAUCAUCAAAUGUAGAAAUAGUGAAAUUAGUAAGGAUAUCCAGUUGUCAAUCCAUUAAGCUGUGGAAACAACCUUUGUAGUGCUUAUUAGAAUCAUUAAUUAUAUUAAUAAUCUUUUGGUUGAAGGUGGUAUCAGCAGACAGCUGGAUUCUGAAACCCUUCCGGCAAAGGAAUUGCGAAGCUUUCAUAGUCUAUCAUUGAACACAGUUUUACAUGACAAUUAGCAAGGCAUGGAGAUUGAUGGCAACAUUCCAUAAAAGAAUAUGAAAUACUGCUUUGAAGAUGUUGUUAAAGGCUUUAGUCUUUCCUUAUAAUCAGGGGCUUUUUCUCCUGUAUUUUGUUUGUAAUUAUAACUUUUGUCCCAUCAGUCAUUCUGGCACAUUCUUUAGUGACUACUUUUAUUCUCUUAAAAGUUUUUGAUUUUACAAAGGUAAUUCCUCUGUCAGAUUCCUUAGUAAUAAGAUUUCUAAUUUUAUAGGGUAAUAUUGAAUGUACAAAUGGUUAAAACCUGCUUUUCUGCGUUUUCCAGUCAGUAAUAGAGAACUCCUUUACUGGGUCCCUAUAAUCUCCCUGUGACCAAGGACAGUAAAAAUAGUGGGGCAGUUUCAUUUCCCUGACCACACAAUUCCCUCAAAAGAGUCAACACAUUGACAGCAUUAGGAAUGCUUCUAGGAGGGAGUAGCCUUGACUGCAGGUGACUUUUAAGUUUAAAAAUGGGUACGUAACUCAAAAAAGGGCAAUUGGCAGAGGGCCUGGGGUAAGCGUACAGGCCAACUCAAACCACUGGGCUAGGCUCGUACAGAAGUAAACAGGUGUCCCUUAAAAGGUAAGGUGAAUAGGCGUCACUUCAUCUGAUUUUUUUACUUGAGUCUAGCACUGCAAGGAGAAGAUAUUUGGGUGUUCACAUUUUGGUUUGCGUUUUUACUUUUUAAGGAAAAAAUUCCUGGAGUUAAAAUUUUUUAACCCACAGUUUAUAUAAGAGGAAGCUUUGUUGCUUCCUUAACUUACUAAUCAAAAUAUAGACUCCAUUGAAUUUGGAAAUGCUAAAAACUUUGGUCCAACAUACUCAUUUUUCAGAGUACCCUGAUGCAAUUGUUAUCAGAACUCUCCAAUCCAUGCAUGCCAUUUCAGGAGUUACCUGUUUUUAUGGACAUAUAACUUUAUCACCUUUGUUGAAAAUAAUGAACUGUACAAGCCUACUUCUGGACAGUCUGUUCUGUCCCGUAGAUCUAUUUGUCUACUGUUAGGUAUAACAGUUUUGAUUACUUUAGCUUUGUACUGUGUUUUGAAGUCAUGUAGUAUAAUUCCUCCAACUUUCUUCAUAACCAAGAUUUUUUUGUUGUUAGUUUAGGUUCUUUGCAUUUUCACUUUAGAAUCAUCUUAUCAAUUUUUAAAAAAAGCUUUAUGAUUGAUUGCCUUGAAUAUAAUGUCUUCCAAUCUAUGAACAUGGUAUGCAGUAUAUUUAUAUAGUACAUAUUUAUAUAAUAUGUAUAUCUCCAUUUAUUUAGAUCUAAUUUCUCAAGGCAAUGUUUUAUAGUUUUCAAUAUGGAGGUCCUUUUUAUUUAUUUAUUUAUUUAUUGCAGUACGCGGGCUUCUCACUGUUGUGGCCUCUCCCGUUGCGGAGCGCAGGCUCAGUGGCCAUGGCUCAUGGGCCCAGCCGCUCUGCGGCAUGUGGGAUCUUCCCGGACCGGGACACGAACCCGUGUCCCCUGCAUCGGCAGGCGGACUCUCAACCACUGCGCCACCAGGGAAGCCCUGGAGGUCCUUCUUUCAUUAGAUUUAUUUAUAGCUAUUUGAUGUUUGUUGACGUUAUUGUAAAUAGAAUUUUAAACAUUUCAUUUCCCAAUUGUUUGCUACUAGCAUAUAGUAAUACAGUUAAUUUUUGUAUAUUGACCUUGUAGUCUGUCACUUUCGUGAACUCCCUUAUUAGUUCUAAUGACUUAAAAAAAUAGAUUCCUUAUGAUUUUCUAUAUGAACAAUCAUCAUAUGCAAAUAGAGUUUUAAUUAUUCCUUUCUAAACUUUGUAUCUUUUUUUUUUUUUCUUACCAUAUUGCACUGCUUAGGGGUUCCAGUACAGUGUUAAAUAAAAGCAGUGAGAGUAGGGACUUCCCUGGUGGUCCAAUGGUUAAGAAUCUGCCUUCCAAUGCAGGGGACGCAGGUUUGAUCCCUGGUCAGAGAACUAAAAUCCCACAUGCCGCGGGGCAACUAUGCCCGCGUACUCUAGAGCCCGUGCACCACAACUAGAGAGACUGUGUGCCACAACUACUGAUCCUGUGUGCUCUGGAGCCCACACACUGCAACUACUGAGCCUGCACGCCACAACUAGAGAGAAGCCCGUGCGCUGCAAUGAAAGAUCCUGCAUGCCACAACUAAGAUCCUGCGUGCCGCAACUAAGACCCCACACAGCCAAAUAAAUAAAAAAUAUUUUUUAAAAAAGUAGUCAGAAUAAACAUGCUUGUUUUGUUCUUGAAUUAGAGGGAUAGCACUUAGUGUUUCACUAUUAAGUGAUUUUAGUUUGAGAAAUGUCCUUUAUCAAACUGACAAAGUUCCUUUCUAUUUCUAUUGCUUGAAUUUAAAAAAAAAAUCAUGAAUAGGUGAUAAAUGUUGCCAAGUAGUUUUUUGCAUCUAUUGAGAUGAUUAUGUGUGUUUCCUUCUUUAUUCUGUUAAUAUGGUGAAUAAUAUAGAUUUUCAAAUGUUAAACCAACCUUUUCGUUGCAUUAGCUGUACUUGAUGUAUUAUUAUUUUCAUAUAUUGCUGGAUUAAAUUAGCUAAAUUAGUUUGCUGAGGAUUUUUUGCAUCAUGAAAAGGGAGAAAGAAGUGAUCAUCUGGAAAGGAGAGACAUGAAAAGUCACACAGUAUGACCUCUUUUUUCUGACUUAUUUUUUUUCAACCUGAUUAUUUUUAGAUUUACUCAUGUUUUUGUGUAUAUUUACAGGUUAUUCUGUUUCGAUGCUGAGAAGUAUUCUAUUGUGUAUAUCAAAAUUUAUUCAUUCACCUGUUGGUCAGAAUUUGAGCUGUUCUUAAUCAGUCUCACUGAAGAUUUAUCAAUUUUAUUGGCUGUUUUAAUGAAACAAAUUUGGUUUUAUUGAGUCUGUAUUUUGUGUGUUUUUUCUGAUCCAUUAAUUUAUGUUUUUAUAUUUCCUUUUCUAUAGAUUUCUUUAUAUUUAUUUUACUUUUUUUUCUACUUCUUGUAGUGGAGACAUCUCACUUUUCAGCUUUAUUUUUAAAAUAAAUGCUUUAAAUCUA